AUGGCUCGGCCAAGAGACUCGCGCUCACCAAGUCCUGCAGGCAGCCAUUUCAACUCGCGCCGCCACCGCAAAGAUGACGACCGGCGGGAUGCCAGAGACCGCCGCGACGAUGGAAGGGACGCUCGCCGCCGCUCAAGGUCGCGCAGCCCGGAUGUGAGAUUUGACCAACGCCACUCCAGCUCCAGUAACUCCUAUACGCCUGGACCAGUGUCUGACAGAAAUAUGAACUUCCAACAGUAUCGAUACCGCGACCGUGACCGAGGCAGAGACGUGAGAGACCGUGGUGGCCGUGACCGCGACAGCUUCCGCCGACGAGACCGCUCCCUAGACCGCCGAGACGAUGACUUUUACCGUGGAGGCCCCCGUGACCGCCGUGGCCCGAGAUCGAGAGAGAGAUAUCCGCCCAGACCUCGCUCGCCUGACCGACGCCGCGACCGUAGCCGAGACGACUACCGGAGGCGGGACGAUUCGAGGAACAGAGGCCGACGCGAGGGUACGGCUGACUCUCAAGCUCGCAGCAGCCGCGCUGACAGCCGAUCCCGCAAGACGCCACUGGCCGACAGUGGCAGAAAUGGAGCUGACGAGGUACGUAUUCCAACCCCGUUUGAGAGAACUAGAGCUCAUGACAUAUCCCAGGCCCAAAAGGCCAAAACGACCGCGGCGCAAUCCGAGGCCGACAAGAAGGCAGAGCGACUGGCGAAGCUGGAAGCAUGGAAGAGAAAGAAGGAGCUCGAAGGCCAGAAACAAAAGGAGGUGAACGCUAGCCAGACCAGAAGUCUUCUUGCGGAGAUGGACAAGAGGGCCAAAGAAGGCUCAACAGCCCUCUCGUCUCCUGUUGUGUCGUCUGCAGCUUCGCCUGCCCCUGUCGAGUCGGGCAGCGUCUCUCCAGCAAAGCCUUAUACCGGCAAGUUUGAUCCGAAAACGAUUGCGAAGAAGUCUGCCGUCCAAAGAUCGAAUGAGCCCGCCAAAGGAGCUCUCGGAUCCAUCGAUGUCCAGCCGCCAAACAUCUCUUUGCCUGUUAAGAAGGGACCUACUGCUUCCGCACUGCCGACGAACCGUGCCAAGGCCAGCAGUUUCGGGUUCGGCAAAUCUCAUGCGGACGGCGACAAGCUUCCUAGCAAGCGAAAGCUCGACAUGGACGAAGAAGUUAUAACCAAACGGCAGCUUACCAAGCUCCCCAGUCUCCCGAUAGAGACGGACGACACGCCUUAUGCUGACCAAGAUGAGGACGACGAAUCGGAUGGCGACAACUUUGCCGAAAACGAAGAAGAGGCCGCUGCAGCCGCUCGUGCUGCGCAUGAGAGGCGUCUUCAAGCUGAGAAUCAGACUGAAAAUCAAACUGAGGACCAAGCCGACAACCAGGCUGAGGACCAGGCGGAAAACGCAGCUGAACAUCAGACGGAGAACCGCACUGAUGAGGAGAUGAAAGAUGCCGAAUCUCAAGAGGCUCCUGCAGAUGCCAUGGAUGUCGACGGAGAGGACGAGGAUAUCGACCCUCUGGACGCAUUCAUGGAUGGUCUUCAACAGAUAGAGGAGGUGAAGAACCCUGUCAAGACUACCUCUAUCGCGAAGAAGCAGCAGGAGCCCGAGGCUUACUUCUCUGAUGAUGACUAUGCUUUCAACGAGCAGGGCGAUCAGGAAGCAGACGCCGCUUUGCUUGCAAUCGCCAACAAGCGCAAGAAGAAGGACAUUCCAACCGUCGACUAUUCAAAGCUAGACUUGCAGCCCAUUCGCAAGAAUUUCUGGGUUGAGCCAGCAGAGUUGAGCAACCUUUCCGAAGCCGAGGUCGCGGACUUGCGAAUGGAGCUGGACGGAAUCAAGGUCAACGGCAAGGACGUCCCCAAGCCCGUUCAGAAAUGGUCCCAAUGUGGCCUCACCCGCCAAACACUCGAUGUGAUAAGUUCUCUCGGGUUUGACAAGCCUACGCCGAUUCAGAUGCAAGCUCUCCCCGCGUUGAUGUCUGGCCGAGACGUCGUCGGCGUGGCCAAGACGGGAUCUGGCAAGACCAUGGCAUUCUUGCUACCCAUGUUCCGUCACAUCAAGGACCAGGAGCCGCUCAAGGAUACGGAUGGCCCCAUCGGACUGAUCAUGACUCCAACGCGUGAGCUGGCCACCCAGAUCCACAGAGAUUGCAAGCCGUUCUUGAAGAUGAUGAACCUGCGAGCUGUUUGCGCGUACGGAGGAGCCCCCAUCAGGGAACAGAUUGCCGAGCUGAAGCGUGGUGCCGAGAUCAUUGUUUGCACCCCUGGUCGCAUGAUUGAUCUCCUCGCCGCCAACCAGGGUCGGGUCACCAACCUCAGGAGGGUCACCUACGUUGUUCUCGACGAAGCCGACCGCAUGUUUGACAUGGGCUUCGAGCCUCAGGUGAUGAAAAUCUUCGCCAACAUGCGGCCUGACAGGCAAACCAUUCUAUUCUCGGCCACUAUGCCACGGCUCAUCGACUCGCUCACGAAGAAGGUGCUCAAGAGCCCGAUUGAGAUUACCGUCGGCGGCCGCAGCGUUGUUGCAAAGGAGAUUACGCAAAUCGUGGAAGUCAGAGAGGAGAAUACAAAGUUUCUCCGAGUUCUGGAGUUGCUGGGCGAGCUCUACGAUAAGGACGAAGAUGCUCGGACGUUGAUCUUCGUCGAGCGACAAGAGAAGGCUGACGAUCUCCUGAAAGAGCUGAUGCAGAAGGGCUACCCUUGCAUGUCCAUUCAUGGAGGCAAGGACCAAGUCGAUCGCGACUCUACCAUUUCAGACUUCAAGAAGGGCGUCGUGCCGAUUCUGAUUGCAACGUCUGUUGCUGCUCGUGGCUUGGAUGUGAAACAACUCAAGCUCGUCAUCAACUACGACGCACCCAACCACUUGGAAGACUAUGUCCACCGAGCCGGGCGAACGGGGCGCGCCGGAAACACAGGAACAGCCGUCACCUUUGUCACUCCGGAACAGGAGAACUGUGCUCCUGGCAUCGCCAAAGCCUUGGAGCAGAGCGAUCAGCCUGUUCCGGAACGACUCAACGAGAUGCGCAAAUCUCAUCGCGAAAAGGUCAAGUCGGGCAAGGCAAAGGAUUCCUCUGGAUUUGGUGGCAAGGGCCUCGACCGUCUGGAUCAGGAACGUGAAGCGGCCCGCCUUCGUGAGCGCAAGACGCAUAGAGCCGAGGGUGAAGAAGAGGAAGUCAAGGAGGAAGGCGCCAAGAAGGAGGAAGACGACAAGAAGGUCGACAAGACACUCAGCGCCAUCAGAGCUGCGGCCUCUUCCAUCCAAGCCCGCGAAACUACGCGGGCCGAUGCAGGAGACAGCAAGGCGGCUCAGCACGCUCACGGUACAGGUGACAAGUCCAAAGAUCCUCUGGACAAGGUCAGCUCUGCUGUCAGUGCCAUCAACAGCCGUCUCGGCAAGGCCGGCCAGCUUCGCUCCGGCCAACCCAUCGACAACAAGGGCCCGGAUGCCGGCGCUUACCACGCCACGCUGGAGAUCAACGACUUCCCUCAGAAGGCCAGAUGGGCCGUCACCAACCGCACCAAUGUGGCCAAGAUUCUCGAGGCGACCGGAACAUCCAUCACCACCAAGGGCAGCUUCUAUCCCCCCGGAAAGGAAGUACCGCCUGGAGGAGAGCCCAAGCUGUACAUUCUUAUUGAGGGUGAUACUGAACUUGUGGUGUCAGCUGCCCUGAAUGAGAUGACAAGGCUCCUGAGAGAGGGCACCAUUGCUGCGGCGGACGCGGAUAGCCGGGCUCCAGCCAGCGGAAGAUAUACCGUUACUUAG